GACAACAGCCUGUUCACGAGACAGGCCUCUUCACUUUUUCUGAUUUAACAGAGAGAGAGAGAGAGAGAGAGACGCAGAUAGGCCGUUCUCUCCUUUCCUUCCCCUGUAAUUCCUAGAAAAGAAAGGGAGAGGCAAUUGAGCUCACUGUCUCGGCAAGCUUGAUUUCGGGGCUCGGAAAAGGAGAAAGGUGGAAGAGAUGCUACUCAAUCGGGGAAAUGGCGUCCUCCUGGCCAUCCUUCUACCCAUGAUUUGGAUAUGGGUCAUGGGGCUGACGGAAUGUCGAGAGAUCCGGCCGUCCGGCCACGGGCUGACAUACCAGACAACCCCAACGGAAACGGAGACGCCGGAGAUGAAGUCUUUCUUCGGAUCAUCUUAUUCCGACGACGUUGUGGAGAAGCCGGAGGCAAGAAAUGCGACCGACCCAUGGUGGAGGGUCGCCGGCGUUGGAGCUCCGAUGAGGUUGCGGGCAGAAGGGAAAAGCCAUGAGCACAUGAGGAACGCGUUAUUGAUUGCCAGCGUAGUGUGUGCUGUCCUGGGAGUGUCGCUGUUGACUGCUGCAGCUUUCCUUUACUUCACUCAGUUUCGUGGAAGGCCCUCCAUGUCCAACAAACAGUAAUUUAAGAUACAGUGGAGGAAAAAAGAGUUUGUGUUGUUUGUUCCUUGUUGUGGACAGCGAAUUCUUCGUUUAAAGGAUUUUCUUCAGUAUCAAUGGUCAUUGGAUUAUUUCUGUUGCAUUUAUUAUGACAAUCAGGAUUGUUGUAUUUUUUUUGUUUGGCCGUUUUUUCCAGUUAUAGAAUAGGAUGAUAUUGCCAUUUAUAAAAAUUAUGCCAAUUCAGCACCACAAAGUCAUUUUUUCCA